GGAGCGGAGCGCCUAGGCGGAGCGCCCCUGGGAGGAAUAGCUGCAGAGAACAGCAGCCGGGCACCAGAACCUGCUCUGUCUCGGGGAGACGCACGGGGCCCCCAUGGAGCUGCUCGCCCUCUUUUGGCACCCUGUCUGGGUCCCUUGCACCCUGUUCCUGUCCGCGGUGCUCUGGGCAAGGAGGGGAGCGUGGAGACCUGCGGCUUGUCCCGUGGACCUGCGUGGCAAAACCGCCGUGGUCACUGGGGCCAACAGUGGGAUUGGCAAGUGCGUGGCUCUGGAGCUGGCGCGCAGGAAUGCCCGGACCAUCCUGGCGUGCCGCAGCCGAGAGAGAGGGGAGGCAGCCGUGGAGGAGAUCCGCAGAGCCACGGGGAACCCCGACGUCCACCUGCGCAUCCUGGACACCAGCUCCAUGGCGUCGGUGAGGAACUUCGCCAGGCAGUUCCUGCAGGAAGAGAGGCAGCUGCACAUCCUGGUCAACAACGCCGGGAGCGCAGGUUUGCCGUUCGAGGUCACCUCCGAGGGACUGAGCCUGAUGUUUGCCACCAACUACCUGGGCCACUUCCUGCUCACCAACUUGCUUCUAGAUGCCAUGAAGUCUUCGGCCCCUUCGCGCAUCGUCAAUGUCUCCUCCUUCCGACACCACAAGGGGAAGGUGAACGUCCAUUUCCUGAGCGGAAAGGAGCAGCCCAAGAACUUCGACAAGGGCUAUUGCAGCACCAAGCUCAUGAACGUCCUCUUCACGGUGGAGCUGGCCCGGAGGCUGCAGGGGACGGGAGUGACUGUCAAUGCUCUGAACCCAGGCCUCGUCCGCACGGAGAUCAUGCAGAACUACAGCUGGUGUGCUCGCCUCUUAUUCCAUGUCAUGGGCAUCCUCUUCUUCAAGUCGCCAACGCAGGGCUCCUUCAGCACCACAUACUGCGCUGUGUCCGAAGAAGUGGAGGGCAUCUCUGGCAAGUACUUUGACAGCGACUGCAGCCUGGCAUCGCCCUCGCCCCUCGCCCGAGACCCCACCAUCGGCCGCAAACUCUGGGAGGCUUCGGAGAAGCUGGUGGGCCUGGAUGAUGGCGGAAGGGAGACUGCCAGCCGCAAGGUGGCCUAGGCCGGCCUGCAAGAAGGAAACAGGGAUUCACGCUGCUCCCUGGGGUGCCAGAGCAGGAAUCAUGUCUGCCAGCAACGCUCCAGUUUUUUCCUCACCUGGGCCAGGUUC